CGCGCACCCGCCGCCUUGCCCCGCCCCAUCACUAUAAAGGGAAGGCGGGCUGCGCGCUGGCUCUGAGCUACGUCCAGCGCCUUCCAUCUGCUUUUCUCCCUUGCUUCCAGUAGCUCGUCAGGCCCUCAGCAGCCAAAAUGGUGCAGCAGAUUGAAAGCAAAGAGGCCUUUCAAGAAGCCUUGAAUGAUGCAGGAGAUAAACUUGUAGUAGUUGAUUUCUCAGCCACAUGGUGUGGGCCUUGCAAAAUGAUCAAGCCUUUCUUUCAUUCCCUGUCUGAAAAAUAUUCCAACGUGGUGUUCCUUGAAGUAGAUGUGGAUGACUGUCAGGAUGUCGCUGCAGAAUGUGAAGUCAAAUGUAUGCCAACCUUCCAGUUUUUUAAAAAGGGUAAAAAGGUGAGUGAGUUUUCUGGCGCUAACAAGGAAAAGCUUGAAGCCACCAUUAAUGAGUUAGUCUAAUUGUGUUUUCUGAAGAAUAGAACCAGCGAUCAGCUGUUUAAAACUUUUAAUUUUUUUUAUUUACAAAAAGUAUGAAGUAUGGAAACUAUAUACCCAACUGCCAUCUGAUUAUAAAUUACAAUAAAAUACUAAUUCUACCCUUUUUAAAA